GAGAGACAGAACUCUUCUUCAGUCCGUCAGUGAGUUUGAUCAUCAGUGCGCGCGCAGCGAAUCAAACACAGCUCGGACACGCGCGCGUCUACAAACACUGGAUAUAUAUAUAAGCGAUUAUUUCAGCGUCAUACUCGGAUUCUUCCCUAAAGUUCAUCGGCUUUGUGGAUAAAAUGUUUGCGUCCGUGGCUUUGCUGAUAUUAAUUCAGAUUUCAGGCGUCCCUGUCGUCCCCGUCACCGUCACCAGCCGCAGUCCCAGAGUGGAAGUGCGUGAGCUCUCGGACGCCGAGCUCUCCUGCGAGUUCAAGACCGAGAGAGAAACCAAUCCUCGCAUCGAGUGGAAGAAGAUCGACAAAGACGUCUCCUUCGUUUUUUAUGAAGGCAGUUUCACAGGGCCGUUUCAGGGGCGCGCGGAUAUCGAAGGGGCGACGGUACGGCUGCGCAAAGUGACUCAGGCGGACGCGGGCGAGUACCGCUGUGAGGUCAGCGCUGUGGCCGACUCUGUCAAGCUGGGAGAGACCAACGUCACGCUCACAGUGCUGGUGCCUCCACAAACCCCGUCAUGUGACGUUCCCAGCUCCGCUCUGACGGGCUCUCAGGUGGAGCUGCGCUGUAGGGACCAGCACAGCAUCCCGCCCGCCAAAUACACCUGGUUCAAAGACAACCACGCGCUGCCCAUCCGUCAGCCCAACGCCACAUACACGGUCAACGAGUUCACCGGCGUACUGAAAUUCCAGAUGGUGAGCAGGGCCGAUACGGGUCAGUAUCACUGUGAGGCCAAGAACGGGGUGGGACCCGCUAAGAGCUGCCCAGGGACGCUCAUGCUGAUCGAUGACCUGAAUCUGGCGGCGGUGAUCUCCGGCGCUCUUCUGCUGUGUCUGCUGCUGUUGUUGUGUGCGUUCGGAGUCUGUUACGCCCAUCGGCACGGAUACUUCAGCCGACACAGAGGAAGGUCGUUCUGGAUCCCGCAGUGUCACGGUGCGGCGCACAUAAGCAGCCAGAACCUCAACAGAACCGAACACACUCAGCAUUCAGGAUACAGUCACCCUCCAAAGGAACCUCAGGAUUUCAAACACACUCAGUCGUUCAUGCUGUGAUGGUGGAAACGACGGAUGAUGAUGAUGAUGAUGAUGAUUGUGGCGACGCUGGAACCGACAUGAAGAAACUGGACACACACAAUAAAUUCUCUAUAUCUCGACAUAAUCUUCCAAACGCCUCUGACAGACUUUAAGAAAACACAAGCAGCUGUUGUGAGAGCCGGUCUCAUGUGGUUCUCUUAUAAAUGUUGGACUCUAGCGCCUCCUGCUGGCCGUUUGUGGUGCAGCAGACCCUCAACCUGAUGAACCUGAUGAACCAAAUGAACCAGAGCGACUGAAACAGUUUAACCCGGUGCCUUUAAACGAGCUGAUCGAUGUUUGACACGCCGUGCCUUUCAUUUCAACCCAAUCAUGUCUUUAUCUGAUGAGUGUGAGGAUGUGCAUCAUGCAAUUGGGUGAACUGUUGUAUAUUUUAUCAGUAUUCUUGUUUUGUUUUGUUUUUUAAUAAAAAAUAAUUGCAUUUU